GCGUGAACUGUAAAACUGGCUGCCACCCAGAGAAUGGAUUUUGUGAAUUUCCCAGCGAAUGCAGGUGCCAGCCCGGUUGGCAGGGUGCUCUCUGUAACCAGUGUGUCCCUUUUCCGGGGUGCGUGCACGGCGGCUGUGCCAAGCCCUGGCAGUGCAUCUGCGAGGAGGGCUGGGUCGGCAGCCUCUGUGACACAGAUAUUCACCCAUGCUCUGCAAAGCCCUGCACCAACAACUCAACAUGCAUAGAGACUGGUGAUGGAGGAUACAUUUGUCUGUGUGCCAUGGGAUUUACAGGAAAGAACUGCCAUCUCAAAAAAGGACCCUGCAUUAUUAAUGG